CGUUAAUAUAAAAAUGUGCCAGAAGGGAUUUUUGUAGGUUUUUGGCAAUUUUUCUCCAUUCAAAGAUCUAUAUCUCAGGUUCUAAUAUAGCUACAGAGUUCGUUCUUUUCUAUUAUAAUGAUUUCUGAUACUUAUUUAAUGGAUUCGAAGCGAGCGAAGCCGCGGGUAAAAGCUAGUUUUGUUAUUAAUAAAAUUGACAGUAUUUUUUAGUCACACCUCGUAUAUUAAAUCCCACGUAUUUUUUUGUAGAAUAGUAAAAUAAAAUUUUAAGUGUAUGACCACAUCGUCCGUAAUGACGAUUUCCGAAUUAAAUAAUAAAACUUGAAGGAAAUUGUUGAUUAUGAUAUAAAGUGGAGACCCGCGUUUUGGGUAAGAUAGAAUGAAAUUAUUUAGUGCUUUCUUAGAUUUCUUCACUGACUCUCCAAACAUGUGGAGAACAAGUGUUGUGCUGUGCAUAUUCUUGAUAGUUUUGAUUGGGUGUUUGGCUGAUAGAGAGCUAAUCCCCCUCGAUCCCCCGGGUAAUUUAACUCUAUUAGAAUUCGAAGAUAGAGAUGUGAUAGUGGAAUGGGAUCCAGUAGAAGCGGAGUCAGUGCGAGGAACUUUCAAAGGAUAUUUGGUGAGGAUAUGGAAUCACGUAUGGAGUCAAGUUUAUGCGAUUCCUCCGGGUACAACGAAAACGGCAGUACAAUUUUACCCGUUUUCAAGAAAUUUUAUUACUGUAGCUGUCAGAAAUGAUAAAUACGUCGGACCAAGAAGUAACGCAAUCAGUUUCGAUGCACCUCAGACAGAACCGAAUAUGCCGUUUUUGUUCGAACAUUUUCAACUAGGAGCAAACUCGGUUCUUCUGCAAUGGAACAAACCUACACAACCCAAUGGCGUCUUAUUGGGAUAUAAUAUCUAUUGCAGUGAGAUGGAGGGCGACACUAUUAACGAAAAAUCCACCAUUAGGUAUUUCGUAUCGGGAGCUGACAACUUCCAAGCAAAACUUACAGGAUUGAAAGAGGGGACGAAAUAUUUUGUGCAAAUCGGUGCUGUUAAUUGCGCAGGAGAAAGUGAAAGAAAAUCCAUAGAAAUAGACCUCGAAGUACAUAUUCCCCAGGAGCCGGCAAUGCCGUCUUUCAGAUAUAAAAUCGACUACAAUAUAACUGACUUGAAACAACAGAUGAAACAUCUUUGUCAGAAAACGAAACAAAAUCCUUACUAUGUCGUUAAUGUCACCAACGCGGCAAACGAACUCGAUAAAAAAUACACAAUCCAUAACCACACCGAUUGGAUUCACAUCAACACAAACUGUUUAGUUAACACUCUAAUAAAAUGGGUACCGGAUAUAGACAACAAUCCCGGCGAUUACUUCUAUGUGAAAUAUAAAAUUAAAGGUGAACCGGAAUAUUUAAAAGCCGGUCCUGAACUCGAGGAAGAUUAUUUGAUUUUGGAAAAUUUCAACGCGUGCGUUAAUUACGAAAUUAUAUUGGUUGCCGUUGAUGGGAAAUACGAAACCGAAAGUGAAAUGCAAGAAACCCCUGCUGUAGUCUAUAAGUUUUAAUAUUUUUUUAUGCGUGUCAAUAAAUGAUCUUUAUUUUCAGUA